ACGAACUGUACAGAAGUUUGCGGUCAAGCUCAGUCAAGUCGUUCUUGUUCCAAGAUCUGCCUCACUAAGGUGUACCCUAAAGGAGCCAAAGACAAGGCCAUCAAAGCCUAUGUGAUUCUGGACGAUCAGAGCAAUCGUUCACUAGUCAGUCCAGAGUUCUUUAAAUUGUUCAACAUUGAGAGUGAGCGGUUCCCAUACUACCUCAAAACUUGCUCAGGCAACAUGGAAACCCAAGGAAGGAAGGCAGAAGGCAUCCAGAUCGAGUCCCUGGAUGGUAAAGUCGUCAUCUGUCUCCCUCCGCUCUUAGAGUGCAAUGAAAUCAUGAAUAACCGCGCUGGGAUCCCGACACCAAGUGCGGUGCUACACCAGCCGCAUCUCCACCACAUCGCCAAACACAUCCCAGAACUGGAUCCGAAAGCGGAAAUACUCCUGCUAUUAGGAAGAGAUGUUAUCCAGGUACACAAGGUUAGGCAGCAGAUCAAUGGACCACUCAACGCCCCCUUCGCGCAACGUCUGGAUCUGGGCUGGGUGGUGAUAGGAGAGGUGUGUCUCGGUGACGUACACAAACCGACGGUCGACACACUCAAGACCAAUGUGCUAGAGAGUGGCCGCCAUUCGAUUUUUCAACCCUGCACAAGUUCCAUGUAUAUCAAGGAAGCACAACAAGGCGUUAACAAGCGCGAGGCAAGCGACGAGUCGCUGGGCCAGUCAGUCUUCGCUCUAACGAAGUAUGACAACAAACUUGCACAAUCAGCUCAAGAUACCAUUUCUUUAAAAACCAAAGACACCAAGGUCUUCAGAGAUGAAGCAAAUAAUGGGGUUGCCCCAUUGCCAAUCAGAGAACCACGCCAGCGCUCACCAGAUAACAAAGAGCAGGCAGUCAAACGGUUCACAUCCUUACGGAAAACCUGGAAAAGGAAACCUGAGAUACAGCAACGCACCCGAUUGGCCCACGAGGUACUGUGCACCCUAAUGGCAGAGGUCACAGCCAUUAUAAACGCACAAUCAUUCCUACCUGUGUCUUCUGACCCAGAAAACCCCUUUAUACUUUCGCCAUCAACGCUCCUUACGCAGAAGGCAGGAGCACCUCCUCCACCAGGAGACUUCUCAGACAAGGAUUUGUACACAAAGCAAUGGAGACAAGUCCAGGCUCUGGCAAAUCAGUUCUGGUCCCGCUGGAGACAAAAAUAUCUACCUUUGUUGCAACAGAGACAAAAGUGGACAGAACCCCGCAGGAAUCUUCAAGUUGGAGACCUAGUCCUGCUCAGGGACAAGCAAGUCGCUCGCAACAGCUGGCCAACGGCCAGAAUCACUGCUACAUUCCCUAGCGAGGAUGGACAUGUCAGGAAGAUCGAAUUGAAGACUACCGACCAAGGCGAUGUGAAAAUUUACCAAAGGCCAGUUACAGAAGUUAUUCUACUUCUACCCAAUGACUGAUUAAGAGACUAAGUUUGUACUCUGCUCAUUGUGACCUUACGAAGGUCAAGCGGGGAGUGUGCUGUCUUUACGACAGUUAUUUAGUUUAUAAUAUUUUCGCUUAGUAAUUCAUUCAAUAGUAUUUUCUAGUUAGAAUUAGAAGUGUUUAAAGUAUAUUCAUUGCAUGUAAAAUAUAUCGGCAUGCGAUGACGUCACAUCCGGUUUCGCCGCGUCUUGUGGGAAAACACCGGUUUGAAAUUAGCGCGAGGGUGGGGGCUUUCCACGAGGCUCACCUGAGCACAAGCAGUUUGCAGGCAUGAGAAAUCACAGUGAGAGCAACGCUUUUUCACCAUAUGUUAAUGUGAAGAGUGAACAGUAAAUGGUUAAUCUUACUGCGAUCUGGUUCUUAUUAACUGUGGUUUAUCCGGACGUUAAAUUCGGCGUUUCGUUACACCCGAAGGAGAACGUUACACUG